AUGCAUCUAAAUAAUGGCUCAAUAACUUCAAUCGAAUUAACUGAUUCUGAGUCUAUUAUUUUUAAUGAAGAGGUGAUCGAUGAAUUUAUUGGAAAAGAAAUUCAGCAAGGUUUUCCCGGUGCUGCUCUUAUUAUAACUCGAUAUGGUAAAAUAUUAAAACAAACUGUCUAUGGUUAUAAAUUAAAAUAUGAUGAAAAUGCAACAUUAAUAAAACAAGCACAACUACUAACAUUAGACACAAUGUUUGAUUUGGCAUCAUUAACUAAAAUGUAUGCAACAAACUAUGCACUUAUGCACCUAGCUGCACAAGGAGCAUUGAAUGUUGAUGAUCCAAUUAAAAAAUACAUACCUCAAUAUUGUGGAUGUAAUCCUGACAACGAAUGUCGUGAGACAAGGUUAAUAAAAGAUUUAUUGACACAUACAGCUGGAUAUACUUCAAGUGUUAAGUUUUACGAUCCAACGAAAGUUUCAUCAGAUUUUUUCUCACAAGAUAAGUAUAAAACUGAAGAAAUUAUCGAAACAAAAUUAGAAUUUCAACGACCGAGAGGUGGUGAUCAAUUACCCGUGUACUCUGAUAUUGAUUAUAUGCUUUUGGGACUAGUUGUGGAACAUAUCAGUGGAAUGUCAAUUGACCAAUAUGUAAAGAUUAACAUUUAUCAGCAACUAGGUCUAACACAUACAUUAUUUAAUCCUCUCAAUAAUAGAAACUAUCAAAAAUCAGAUUUUGCUGCCACUGAAUUAAAUGGAAAUACACGUAAUCAUACAAUCAACUUUCCUAAUGUACGUACGUAUAUAUUACAAGGUGAAGUCCAUGACGAAAAGUCAUUCUAUUCAAUGAAUGGUUUAUCGGGACAUGCUGGUUUAUUUUCAAAUUUAAAUGACAUGUCAAUUCUAACUCAAAUUAUGUUAAAUAAUGGUACAUAUGAAAAUAUUAAAUUUUGGAAUCAAAAUGUACAAGAUCUAUUUCUAACACCAUAUGCAUAUGAUCCAACAUAUGGAUUAGGAUGGCGUCUAAAUCAUAACAAAUCUUUAUCAUGGUUUGGUCUCUAUGCAUCCGAUGAGGCAUAUGGUCAUACAGGUUGGACAGGAACAUGUACUGUUAUUGAUCCAAAGUACUCAAUGGCCAUUACUUUAUUAACUAAUAAACGACAUACGCCAUAUUUCAAUGGUACGUUCGACGGUGAAAAAUACGAGACAGGAAAAUAUGGUAUUGGCGCUCUACGGGAUGCAUUUACGACUCAGAUACAACCAAUAGUUGCUCGCGUGCCUUAUAUAGUCGGCAUUGAUAAUCAUGAAUAUGAUCAUAUCAUAGAAAGAGAUAAAGAUUCAAGCAACGCAUCAGGUCUUGGAGGAUUUAGACUAAGAUGUUUUGAUGUCGGUUCAAUACAUAUAAUUUAUUAUUCAACUGAACAUGAUUUUCGUCGACUAUCACCUCAAUACAUAUGGAUUGAACAAGAUCUUCGUUCAGUUAAUCGUUCUCGUACUCCAUGGCUUAUUGUUAGUUCACGUCGACAAGUAUAUACAUCAGAAAUAGAAUCGAUUGAAGAGCAUGGAAUUACAAUGAUGUCACAAUUCUACUUAGAACCAUUGUUCUGUCAAUAUCAUAUUGAUGUCAAUCUUUUUGCACACUGCCAUUCAUAUGAAUGA